CCAAACAAUAAGCAAUAUGUUCAGCAAAAUCAUUGCUUUCGGAGCUCUGUUGGCAGCGGCUAACGCUGGCCUGUACGGUCACGCCGUAUCAUCACAAAACAUCGUACGCCAUGACGGUGGUCACUACAACGCCGCUCCUUUGGCAUACGCCGCGCCCUUGGCGUAUGCUGCACCCCUAGCCUAUGCUCCUGUAGCAUACAGCGGCAACUACGCUGGUCACGAUGAAUACGCCCACCCCAAAUAUGACUUCGCGUACUCAGUGGCCGACCCCCACACCGGCGACCACAAGUCGCAGCACGAGAGCCGCGACGGCGACGCCGUGCACGGCUACUACUCGCUGCUGCAGCCUGAUGGCUCCGUACGCAAGGUCGAAUACACCGCUGACGACCACAACGGUUUCAACGCGGUGGUACACAACUCUGCCCCGUCCGUCCAUCCCCAGCCUGCCUACAGCCACUAUUAA